AUCCAGCCUACACUGUGUUCUUCAUUCUCAGGCCGGGUAGGACCCCAGCAACAACUCUUCUAUCGGUUCAACCUAUGAAGAUUGAGCUUUACAAUCGCAACCCAUCCUCCGAAUAGACAACGUUUUGUGGAACUAUAUCACUGUCACUGAGCAGAAGACAUUCUUAAAUUGUUUAAUCCGAAUCAGAAGGCACUGGGAAGAGGCGCAAAGAAAAAUUUUCAUACUCGAUGACAUUACAUCGAAAUGUCCGAUCGUUUGGGGCAAUUAACCAAGUCCAAGGAUGGGAAAAGCAAGUAUUCCUCACUCAGCCUAUUUGACAAGUACAAGGGAAAAUCAAUAGAAUCUCAGAAAAAUACAGUAGUUACGCGACAUGGCUUGCAGAGUCUUGGCAAAGUGGCAACAGCCCGGCGUAUGCCCCCACCCGCUCACCUGCCUAGUCUAAAGUCAGAAAACAAAGGAAACGAUCCUAACGUGAUUAUAGUGCCCAAAGACGGUACAGGAUGGGCGAACAAGCAGGAACAAACCGAUCAAAAGAGUUCCAGUGCAUCUACGCCACUGCUGCCGGAGUCGCAGCCGCAGCUGGCUUUACAGAAAUCUGUCUCCAAUCUUCAGAAGUCCUCACCAGUAGCCAACCAGGAGAACACAAACACAGGUGGACCAAAGCAAUGGGCCCAGCUAAAUGGGAAGGCAGUAGAGCAAGAUGGUUCAAGGGCCUUAAACCGACUUCAGCCCUUCUCUCACGAGGAAUUUCCCACCCUGAAGGCAGCUGGAGAACAGGACAGAGUUGGCAAGGAAAGAAGCGGCUUCGAUCCGUCGUAUGGGCCCGGACCAAGCCUCCGCCCUCAGAAUGUGACAAGUUGGAGGGAAGGUGGUGGCAGGAACCUUCAGCCCUCCUCCCUGACCCUCAGCCUGCCAGCAGAUCCUGAGGGUAAGACCACUGCCCUGGGUGAGACUGGCUCCCCUCCGGCCUCAUUGCACCCUUCCUCUGCCACCGGCACCACCUCUGCUACCGCAGUGACCACUCAGUCACCGAGCCUCGACCCCAAGGAGCCUUCCCUCAGACCCGCCCAGCCAGUCCGCAGACCAGCCGUCCCUACUGCCCUUCAGUAUCAGCUUCAUCACACUUCAACCGCUGUCUACCACGACAUGUUGCCUGCAUUUAUGUGCGCUAAAGAGACGCGUGAAACGCCAACUGCUGACAAUGUUACAACCACCACAGCAACCCCAGCGCGAUUUGACAGCAAACCCACUUUUAGACCAAGCUAUGCCAAACCUGAACUUGUCAACGGCGAUUUAAGAAAAGAGAACCGCUUUGUUCGUGCUCCAGCUCGUCUUUCUUCUCAGCCCAUCCGCAGGCCCAGCGACAAACCAGCGCGUCCAGCCAUUAUUAACCCAGAGGACCUGAAGGAUCUGGACGACCUCGACAACGAUUGUGAGGACGGAUGGGCAGGUCUUCACGAAGAAGUAGACUACAGCGAGAAGCUCAAGUUCAGUGACGAUGAAGAAGAACACUCCUGUAGUGACAAAAAUAAAAUGUGGGCUGAGUGGGAGAGAGCGAAAGAAAACCAGCGAGACUGCCAGUCCUCUCUUAGUUCAGGAGAAGCAACUUACUCUCAGGAGGGCGCAGAUGACAAUUACUCUUCCCAACAUCAUCACCAUGAGUCCCAUAGGAAACCCAUCAGCAGAUUUCUCUCUACUGACAGUCAGAAAAACCAUAGCGAACCACCAACCGACUCAGACGAUCACCAGCGGUCUCAAAGUCAAGCACCAGCCAGAGCAAAAUACCUGUCCCCUGAAGUAUCCGAGGCUGUUGAGAGAGCCCGGAGACGGCGAGAGGAGGAGGAGAGGCGUGCUCGGGAAGAGCGACUAGCUGCCUGUGCUGAGAAACUCAAAAAGUUAGACGAGAAGUUUGGGAAGUCUGAAAGACCUGCAUCAAAGACGGAAGAUAUUCCGAAGGAGGCUGAGGGGAAAGAAGCCCCACUUUCUCCUAACCGGGAACACAGUAAAGGCCAUAAUGAAACCUGGCAGUAUAGCACAAAAGAAGGAAGUGAGUGUCUGCCAGUCAACUCCUUUGCCCAUAGCUAUCGUGAAGAGCACCAUCGUAGCAGUGAUGAUGACGGUCCGGAAGCUUCCUCCCCUUCAGACGACUACAGUGGACGCCAAGCGUCCAAACCAGUUCCACCCCGCUUUCAAAAGCAGUUACAGCACCACCAGCAGCAGGAACAAGCCCCCAAAGUGCAGCAUUGGCAGCAGUCCAGUCAUCCUUCAAGCUCAAGUCAUAGCCAGCGGGGUUAUUAUCCCCAACAUGUGCUUGGGUUUGAUCCCCGCUGGAUGAUGAUGCCACCUUUCAUGGAUCCACGCAUGACACAAGGCCGCUCUCCGGUGGACUACUACCCUGGUUCUAUUCAGUCAUCAGGAAUGGUAAAACCCAUUGUGCAUCAAGACCACCUGAACAGUCCUAGCUCUGAUGAGGGAUGUCAUUCCAACCUACACCAAGAAAGACGGGCCCCAUCUACUGAGCCUUACCCAGUUUGGAAUCAAGAUGGCUACCCUCUACGCAGCUUCACUCCACCCUAUCAGAGGCAGCAUGAAACUUCUGACAGUGACCUGUUAGGGGAAAGAGGUCAUAUUGCCCCUUCACAACGGGACUCGUUUGAAGAUGGGACCAAUCAGAGCUUGACGCACAACAGCGAUGACCAUCCCCAUAAUGCUUACUAUAGCCGAGACUCUGAUAAAGAACGCAAACACCAUGAGACCGGCCUUCUCACCACCACUCAAAACCUCGGCCAGAAGAGUGAAGGUACAAAGCAGGACCAAAGAGACAAACACCUGAAAGAUGCUCUUGACUCUUAUGACACCUUAGAUGGGUCCAAGGACAACUGGAAAAGAGAUGGAGGAGGCCUCAGUUCCCCAAGCCAGUGGCCCGAAGCUAGUUCUAGCAAUAGUGUCAACCAGACAUCUGAGACUAGUGGUCGGACAUUGAUUCGUAGAACUGGGCCCAUCAAGAAGCCGGUCCUUAAGGCUCUCAAAUUGGAAGACAAGGAAAAUGAAAAGCCUAAACCUGAACCUGAAGAGAAGCCUGUCCCCUAUCGUCUGGAGAAGGAAGUUCUCACUAAUGUUUAUGAUUUGAAGAAAGAUAACCAGCCUGCCAGUAACAGGCGUCCAGCAUCACCUGUUGUUGAGAAACAGCCUGAAGAGAGGCUGCGGCAGUCACCAGCUCUUAGCAAAACGGACCGGCCUCUUAGCACCCACAGUGAUGACUUCCCUAAGGAAACCCACCUUGGCAGUGGCAGGAGCCAGUUACUUAGAGAGGGCCAGGAAAAUAACAGAGAUCCUCAGGCCCCACGGCGCAAUAACUGGAUAUUCAUCGAUGAAGAACAAGCGUUUAGUUCUGUCAGAGGAGGAGGUAGAGGUCGCAGUCGAGGCUUCAGGGAAUUUAGCUCCAGAGGGGGAAGCCGUGGUGGCCGAGGUGGGGAUAACCUCAGAGGAGGGUACAACAACAGCGGUGGUGCUCCGAGACCUGCUAGAGGUCGAGGACCACCCAGAGACCUCCUGAAGGUUGACGAGUUCCAGAGGGGCAAACCUCGCAGACGAAAUGUCAGUGAGACCUUGAGCGAAGCAUCGGAGUAUGAAGAACUUCCCAAGAGGCGGCGCCAGAAGGAAGCAGAAAACAGAGAAGGUUACAUAGAGUCCGGUGAGGUUCGUAAGGGCGAUAGAGACUCUUGGAGGUCCAACAAGGUGUACACCGAUGACCAGACAGCCUCAGAUAACAGAGAAAAGGCAAGGAUGAGGGGUUUUGGAGGUCGCGUUCUGCCCCCUAGACUGAAUACAACCAACAGUUACAAUCGAACCUUUGGAGGGUCGAGGGACAUUUCUUCCUGGAGGGGCCGGGGACACCAGUUCAACAGCAACAGUAGCUCGAUGCAAGAGAACGGUUAUGGACCUGGAGCUGAGGUCGCUUAUUCCCGCAGACUUCCAGUGGAGCGCGAUGCUCUCAAGUACACUCCAAAAUUUUCAGGCUCUUUCACAGAAAAUGGUGGCGAGGACCGUGAAGGAGAAUACUACUUUGAGAACGACAACCCUGACAGACAGAUGCUAAGACGGCGGCGUCCCCCGCGUCAAGACAAGCCUCCCCGUUUCCGACGCUUACGUCAAGAACGGGAACCCGGUUCAAAUCAGUGGACAAGCGAUGAGUACGUCAACGGAGACUUUGCGAAUCCCUGGCCUACUCGCUCCAAAGGCAGCGGAGAUGACCACUGGCCCGGUGGUCACUUCUCAGGACGCUCCAGCCAGCAUGGUCAGACUGAAGAAUGGGAGACGGGAUCAGACAACAGCGACUUUGGUGACUGGAGAGGAAAGCAAGGUGGCAGCGGGAAUCUAGCUGUGCAGGGACAUGUUGACAUUCCCUCAGACUCUGGUCACAGUGAACCCGGCUCUGGGGAGAAGAGGGAGCUUUCAAAGAGAAGCUUCUCUAGUCAGAGACCGCUGGUCGAGCGACAGAACAGAAAAGGAGAGCCUUCCCUGCUAGAGGCAAGCAAGAUGGUACGCACACCUGAAAAUCCCUCCACUUCCUCAUCUAACAGGAGUGACAGUUGGCAGAAUGGAGGGACGUCUUGCAAGAGCAGGAGCCCAGAUGAGACUGGUCCACUCUAUAGCUUAGAACCCCCAACAGAGGACAGAGAGCCCAGUGAGCUUACAGGGAAGAAAUUAGACAAAGAAAUGAAACCUGGAUCAAUCAAGACGGACAUUGUUGAACCGCUCACGCAAUAUGAACUCAGCAGCUACUCCAUUGAUGCUGAUUCAGUGGGACAAAACGUGGACCCAGAUGGAUACCAGGAUGCCUUGUCAAAAAAGCAACGACGUCCUCAGGAGGAUGAAAGGCGGAGAAAAGAACAGGGACCUUCUGUGCAGGUCAAGAACAGAACGGCCUCUUCCAAGAUACCGCCACGCUUCAUCAAAAAGCAGGGAAGCAUGAGCCUCGAGCAAACGGAAGAAGCAAUUUCUUCACCGAACAAUCUAGGAACAGAAAUCUGGGAGACCAACAGUUCAGCUCUCUCUGUGCAGUCUUCAGGGGGAGACUCAUGGACUAAACAGGUGUCUUACACUGGGAGUGAGCCCAACUCUGAGGAUUCCGACGCUGGUCCAGAACAGAGUAAAGAACAGCACAAACCAGGACCCAUCGGGAAUGAACGUUCCCUGAAGAACCGCAAGGGCUCAGAAGGUGUGGACAGAUUGGAAGGUGGCCCGAUAACACCAGUCAACGGUGUGGAUCUCCAUGUGGACAGUGUACUUCCUGUGCCUCCAAUUGAGUUCGGUGUCAGUGCCAAAGACUCUGAUUUCAGCCUGCCGCCUGGCUCUACCCCAGUACCCGUCUCCAAUCCUGUUAACAAGCUUCAGGAUACGCUUAGCACCGAUACAUCUCUAAAUCAGAGCAUCCCAAUGCUGCGUUCUAACCACCUGCAGCCUGGCAUCAGCCUCAAUACCAUCUUCCCCUCUGCUGACCUCACUCUCAAGAUGGAGUCGGCACGUAAAGCCUGGGAGAAUUCGCAGUCUCUCCCGGAGCAGGGCUCCCCCGGUGGUAGUGCUUCAGGCGCUCAGCCUCCCUGCAGCGUCGGGUCGUCCACCGGAGUCAGCUACAGCUCUUUUGGGGUUUCCAUGCCUCCAAUGCCUGUCGCGUCAGUGGCACCUUCCAUGUCCAUGCAAGGUAAUCCUAUUCCUCCGUUGUACAUGGACGGUCAUGUGUUUCCGAGUCAGCCACGUCUCGUUCCUCCCACCAUGACCCAGCAGCAGACCUAUCCACAGGCCGCAGCAGCUCAGCAGAUUCCCAUCUCUUUGCACACAUCUCUUCAGGCUCAGGCUCAGCUGGGGCUUCGUGGAGGUCUGCCUGUCUCUCAGUCGCAAGAGAUGUUUAACUCCAUCCCCCCCUUCAGGUCCCAGGUUUACAUGCACCCCAACCUGUCGCAGCCCAACCCCCUGGUGCUGUCUGGUGGGGCCCCCCUUAAAGGUCCUUACUCUGCUUUUCCUGGCAUGCAGCCGUCAGAUAUGGUGAAAUCCCAGUCAGGCUCACACUACCAGCCUAUGAACGGCAACCAGCAGCUUGUUUACGACGGUCAGAUGAACCAGGGGCCUGGUAUGGGUUCCUCACAACUGAUGGACUCCCAACUCAUCCAGGUGACGAUGCCCCUUCCCGGCUCUCAGCUGCGUUACGGUUCAGCUCAGCAGCACCUCAUCCUUCCCCAGUCCAUCCAGUUGCAACAGGGACAGAACCUGUCGGUGGGGGGGCCACGCCGGAUGCUACCACCAGGCUCCCAGGCUGCAGUCAUGGCAGGAAGCAGAGAGGGCUCACAGAUGGAAAUGAAAGGAUUCCAGUUCUCUGAGAAGCCCAAUCAUUCCCCAGGUUUAUCUGGAGGCUCCUACAGGCCUGGGUCUGCGAGCCCCAGUGGAAAGCCUUCCGGUCCUGGUGGGCCUGUCGGCCCUCUGCCUACCCUUUUUACUCAGCAGGUGUCGCCUGCUCAAGGCAGCAUGGUCAUGCACAUGCGGCCUCCCACCACUGGCCCUUUCCCCAGUCCCAUUCAGAGACCUGUCAUGCAGGUCAACAAGCCCGUCAUCAUCCGCUCCCCCCCUUACCCUAACCCUGGCCGCGACCCCUCCCAUUCCACCCCUCCUUCAGUCCCUGAGCCCACAGUCAAGGGGCCAGAGGAUGGCAUGAAGAGCAAAGCAUUGCGAGAAGUGCGCAAAGUGGUGGGGGAGGGCAAAUCACCACCAGGGGGCAUGACCAGCAAACUCCAAGAACCCUUACCUUCCACGGGUCAAGUCAAACCAGCACGCACUGGAGCCAUUAAACCCCAGGCUGUCAAAGUAGAAGAGGGCAAGGCAUAACAAUGGACCUUGAAGAUCCUCAUUGCCGCCAAGCCUACCAACUCGAAGAUCCUCGACGAAACGUGCGAGCCUUUGAAACACCCUCAUUAACCCACGGCUCCAAAGCAUAGGGGGGGUAAACAUGCAGUUACAAUGAAUUAACCAUGGACUUCCAGAACUGGACACUAUUAUUUCCCACCAAUUAUAGAGAUAUAUAUAAAUAUGAAUAUAUAUUAUACAUACACACAGACCAUCUUUUAAGCUGAUCUCUCCAAGGUCCACUUUAACUUAUUAUUAGACCCUUUUAAGGAGAGACUGGUUUGGGGGGGAAAAAAUAUAUAUAUAUAUAUAAAUAUAUAUAUAUAUACUUGUUUUGUGUUUUUCUUGGUAAGUGUGGAAAAAGAAAGUCAGCUAAUUCAGAUGGUUCACUUUUCAUGCUGUUUUGCCAAACUGUAUUUGCUUCCUGUAUAUGAACUGUAGCCCUACAGAACAGACCGGACACUUGAUAACAUAACCUACUGUAAGAAGCAAAGUCUGUUACUUCCCAUUUAACAACUUUGAAAUGCAGCGGGGCACUUUUUCUUUUUUUUUUUUUCUUUUUUUUUUUUUUUUUUGUCAUUUCCUUUCAGAGUUUGCUAGUAAAUAAAGGUUACCUUCAUGACCACCCG